CUCGACUCGACUCGACUCGAACCACAACGAGACAAGAAAACACUCGCGCAAUGGAACAAGGAUCUAGAAGCAGCCCCGAUCCCCCUCCGGAAGCCCCGGCUCCCGGGGGCGGAUCCAGCUCGUCCUUCUCGUCCCGGCUGAAACUUCUGACGCGGGAGGAGGAGUCCACCCUCAAGACGGCCCUGGCCUUUGUCGUCGCGAGGGCGAGGGCCAGGGCCAGGACAAAGGCAGGAAGCACCGACGCUUCCGCAAGUCCCGAACCAUCCUCGGUCCUCGACCACCUCUUUCUCCGGCCCGCGGAGGGGMAGAGCAGGGAUGCCAAGCCGUUCCUGGAAUGCCCCCUCGGGGACACGAGCCACGUCGACCACGUCUUUCGCGCCGCGAGGACCCUUUCGGAGGCCCUGCUGCUGGCGGAGGGGCAACAACAGCAGCAGCAGCAGCAGCAGCAGCAGCAAGAAAGGAUGCCGGGCAGAAGCAGUACCAGAACUACUAGCACCACCAGUACUACUACAACCACGGCGGCAAAGGCGCUUGCCGGAGCCACGGGACACCUCGCCCACCAGCUGCAGCUCCUGCUGGCUGCGAGUGCCGCAGAGGAGACUCCCCCGGUUCACGGAAGGCCCGUGCUUGCGGCAGAUCCCCCACGGGAACGCAKAACACGACACAAACGAAAMCCCCCUCCCGCUCUUGCGGGGGUUCCUCGCCGGAAGCGCCUCUCCUCCGGCUCUACGGCCUGCUCGGCUUCGACGCCUACGAUGCAAACGAAAAUGCAAAUUCCAAUGCAAAUGCCCCCGGCCACCGGCAAGGACACCCCCGAUGCGGCCGUCGUCACCCCCGCCACCGGUGAAAGGGCMCGGAAGAACGAAAGGGCCCGGAACGGAAGGGACGCCCCCUCCUCGAUCGAAACCGCGGCCCUUGUGCGGGAAUGGAUCCGCUCGACCCUGCUGGAACAGCCACCGCGAAGCGAAGGGGUGGUCUCGGCUUCCGCUCCCCUUGCCGCUUUCUCCGGGACGAAGGUCCUGGCCUGGCCGGGGGCCACAAAGGCGAUGCACGUCAAGGCCUCCUUUGCGGUGUACGCCUCCAUGGUGCCACAGAUCGCGGGGAUCAGCCCGGCCCUGGUGGGGCACGUCUUUAGGGUCGCCGGGGGGCUGGUCCGGGACGCCUACCACGAAAGGAUCGCCGUCGUGCUGGUGCCGGGAAAAAAGGGGGCAAGCCACUGCGACGGCAACGCCCGGGCAAGGGUGCUCCUGAACCACCUGGCCGCCUCGGCCMUGGGACUCCUCAGGGCCUGCUGGGAGGCGGGGAAAGAAUCCUCCGGGGGGAUUGGUGCCUCCGGGGAAAAGGCGGCCCACCGCACCUUUUUGCUCCUCUCGCUGCAGGAGCUCCUGGGGGACCUGCUGGUGCCCCUGCCCCUCUCGGAGCUCCCCCGAGAGCACUACCGGCUGGCCGUCCGGGGCCUUGCAAGGAGGAAGCAGCGGGAGCGGGACUGGCACGAACGGCAGCAACGAGAACGAGAACGAGAACAACAACAAGAGCAGCAGCAAGGACCGCGACACCCGCGCUACAGCGGGGCUUGCUUCGGGUUGGACCCGGAGUCGAAGCUCCUCCUGCGCAUGGCCGUCUACCGGUUGCUGGUGGACUGAGCCACGGCCUGCGAUGCGGGGCCGCACCGGGCAAACCAAGGCACACAAGAGUCUUCCGCGGCCGCGUGCUUCGCCGRCGGCGGCGAGACACGCGGCGGGGAUCUGGCAGCAAGACCGUGCUACAGCAAUACGAUACUACAACAAUACAUACAUACAUACAUA